ACAAUUUUUAAUGACAUUUUGGGUUAGAUAAAUAUGGGUUAACACUCGUGCUGUUGUUAUUGUAACACUCCGUCUAUUUUCUAGGUGCCGGUCUAAUAUGGUCGAGUGCGACCUGUCAUGUAGCAGCUGUCGCCGGCAGUUGUCUUCAGGUGCUCACAACAUAAUAAUGUACAAAGCCAAACAAUCCAAAGCCAUUGCCAGCCUGGACUAUAAAAAGGUGCGCUUAAAAGCCCACAGGUGCAGCCCAUAUCGAAUCCUAUGCGCAAUACUCGUAAUAUUCAUUGGUUUGGUGGCUGCGAAUCGACCGCCGCGUUUCGCCAUCGAUGGGCAGUCGGAGAUAGUGCUGAGGCUGAAGGAGAGUCCCGAGACACGGGUGGGCAGUCACAUAUACACGCUGAAGGGCUACGAUCCGGACAACGAUCCGUUGUUCUUUGGCAAACGCAAUUCGCACGACAGCGAAAUCAUACGCAUCGAGAACACCGGCGGCAACGAGGCGAAGGUCUUUCUGGCCAAGGAGCUGGAUCGUGAGACCCAGGACGAAUAUGCCAUAGUGCUCACCCUGACGGACAGUCACUACAGCGAUCACAAUUACGUGACGCAAAGCUUUCUGCUGCUGGUCGAGGACAUUAAUGACAAUACGCCCAUCUUUCUGCCCUAUCCGAAUGCCAUCGAAAUACCCGAGGGCAGCGCCCCGGGCGUGAUCAGCACACUGGAGGCCACCGAUGCCGACGAGGGUGCCUACGGGCAGGUGGUCUACUAUCUGCAGGAGCUGGACGGCGACAAUGAUGUAUUCAGCAUUUCCACGCACCAGGGCAAAGGCAUAUUGAGACUGCAAGGUGAGCUGGACUACGAGAGGAAGAGUUUGUAUCAGCUGCGCGUUUUGGCCAUCGACCGAGCCAAUCAGGGCCCCGUGAACACCGGCACGGCGGCCAUCUUGGUCAAGGUCAAAGACAUUGAGGAUCAGCCGCCCGAGUUCGUGGAAGUGCAAGCUGUCGCACGUAUCGCCGAGGAUGCGCCCGUGGGCACAAAGGUGCUGCGCGUACGUGCCAUCGAUGGCGAUCGUGGCAUUAACAAUCCCAUUGCCUAUACGCUGGACGGCAAUGAUCUGUUCGAUAUUGAUACGCAUACGGGCGUGGUCUACACGCUGGCUGUGCUGGAUCGUGAGGAGGAGAGCGAUCAUGUGAAUGGGGCUCACAUCUUGAGGAUCAGUGCAACGGAACUCUCUAGGACAGCCGAAGAGCCCCAAGAGCCAGCAACGGUGCGCACCGAGGUGACCAUCAUUGUGACCGAUGUCAACGAUGAGAUACCCACCUUCGGCGAGGUCAUCUAUCGCUGCGAGGUCAAUGAGAAUGCCCAGACCAAUACGCCGCUGAACUUUAUCGAUGGCGAGGUGCAGAACGUUGUCUACGAUCACGAUGAGGGCAAGAAUGGCACGUUUCGUUUAUUUCUCGAUCCGCCCAACGAUCUCUUUGAAAUUGUGCCCGAGCUGGCGGUCAACGAGGCGAACUUUAUGCUACGCGUUAAGAAUUCCAAAUCUCUGGACUUUGAAGAUUUCAUUGAAGUGAACUUUACCAUAUUCGCGCGAGAGAUCGACGAACCGACGCGCUGGAGCUCGGCUCACGUACAGAUCUUUAUACGUGAUCAGAAUGACAAUUUCCCAGAGUUCACGCAGGCGAUCUACAAUGCAGGCGUGCCCGAGAAUAGCGAACAGGGCACAAUCAUAAGCAAGGUGGAAGCGAUUGAUGUUGAUUCCGGCGAUUUCGGAACUAUGGGCAUACGGUAUACGAAUCUCAGAGGCGGCAUUGCACACUUACUACAUCUAAAUCCCAUAACGGGUGUAAUUACUAUCAAAACUCCGGGAAGUGCUGCUUUCGAUCGGGAGAUCAUUUCACGUCACUAUUUAACAGUCGAGGCCAUCGAUAAUGUGGGUCAGGGAAAUCGAAAUACCGCACAGAUCAUAUUAGACAUUCAGGACGUUAAUGACAAUGCGCCCAUCUUUCUGCAUCGGCAGUAUGAGGCCAAGUUGCUGGAGAACAAAGCCGAGUUUGAGACGCCUCUGCAGGUGGAAGCUCGUGAUCUGGAUCUGAAUGGCACCGAAAACAGUCAGAUAACCUACGAGAUCGUUGAAGGACUCUAUCGCAUGAACUUUACGAUCGAUCCGGAAAGUGGUUUGAUACGGCCCCUACACCACUUUGACUAUGAGGAACUGGUGGACAGCCAUCGACACGCUGUGCGCCAGACGAAUGCGGAUAUGCGAGAGAUCGACCUGCUCGUUCGCGCCCGGGACUCGGGCAUACCUAUGCUGUCCACAGUCGUGCCCGUUCUUAUCUAUUUACAGGACGUCAACGAUAAUCCGCCCAUCUUUCAGAAGAGCUUCUAUGCGAAGACCGUGCCCGAAGACCUGCCAGGAGGCAGCUCGGUGCUACAGGUGCUGGCCAUCGAUCGUGAUGGCUCCUCGCCCAACAAUGCGAUAGUUUAUCGCAUACAAACGGGCGCCAGUGACAAGUUUAUCAUAAACUCGGAGACGGGUGUUAUAACUGUGGCUCAAGGCGCCAAUCUGGAUCCAGAUCUGACCGAAAGCAAACGUCUGAUCUACACUCUGAAUGUGCUUGCAUUGGACGGUGGCCUGGGCAACUCUCAGAUGAUGAACACCGCAACGGUGAAUAUUAGCAUCAAGGAUGUUAACAAUAAGCUCCCAGUGCUACAGGAUUUACCAACACUGAAGAUAGUAGAGAAUACACCCGUGGGCACCUUAGUCUAUCAAGUGAAAGCCACAGAUCCCGACCAGAAUCCCAUAUUGCGCUAUAAACUCAACGCUGCGCAUUCCGAGGCACGCAACGAGGAGGGCGCCCUGGUGAAGAUCACUGAAUAUGAUUAUCUGGGAGCUUUCGAUCUAGAUGCUAUAGAAGGCUAUUUGAAGGUCGUAAAAUUAUUGGAUCGUGAGAAAGUGGAGCACAUCAAGCUGGCCAUAACUGUGGAAGAUUUGGCAGCUGCCAAGGGCAGACAGAUUGUGGAAGCUUUCCUCACUAUUCAAAUCCAGGAUGAAAACGACAAUAAUCCCCGGUUCCGGCAACCUUUCUAUAGACAAACGAUCACCGAAAACAGCAUCAACGGCGUCCUGAUUGCCAACGUGCUGGCCUACGAUGUGGACAAGAAUCGCACCGUUAGCUACGCCCUGGAGGGUAAUCCCAUCUAUCGCAGUCUGGUCCACUUGGAUGCACAGACUGGCGAGAUUGUGGUGGCCAACAAGAUCGAUCACGAGCAGCAUCAGUGGCUCAACUUUAGUGUGCGAGCGACUGAUGCGGGUCUGCCGCCCAGAUCCGCUUUGGUGGACGUCUUCGUGAGCGUUCUGGAUGAGAACGACAAUAAUCCCUACUUCAUAGGUGGCAGCAAGAACUAUACGAUCAGCGAGAGCGCUGCCCCAGGCACCCGGGUGGCCACCGUGCAGGCGGCCGAUGCCGACUCGGGCGACUUUGGCAAGAUCACAUUUCUAAUGGAUCGCAUCAGCUCGCAGGGCAAGUUCACCAUAGAUGCUGAUACGGGCGUUUUAAGCGUGGCGGAUAAGCUCGAUCGGGAGACCAAGGACUCGUACAAUCUGGUGAUCGAGGCCUGGGACAAUUAUCAGUUUGGCUUCUUGGCCGGCGAGAGUCGGAAUGCGUUCAAGCAAGUUUUCAUAAAUAUACUGGAUGAAAAUGAUAAUGAGCCUGAGGUCAGCCUGCCGAGCAGCUGCAUUCUCAUCACGGAAUAUCAUGAGCUGCAUGAAAGUAUUGCCAGCAUUGUGGGCAGGGAUGCAGAUGAUCCUGCCACACCAAAUGGCCGACUGGAGUUCGCCAUCAGCAAGGGCAACAGAGACGGUCUGUUCGAGCUUAGGCAACUGGAUCCAUGGAACGCUCAGAUCUAUGCCAGCAAGACCUUGCGCAACCAAUUUGGCAACUACACACUGACCAUUAAGACCAGGGAUUUGGGCGUGCCUGCCAAUGUGGUACUCAAUACUCUGGACAUCUGUGUUUCGGACUUCAAUGAUCACGCGCCGGUGUUCGUGAGACCCCUACACAAUACCACGGUGCGCAUACCGGAAAACGCAACAGUGGGCACCAUGAUUCUCCAGGCUUAUGCUAGUGAUGCGGACAUUGGACAGAAUGCGCUAGUGCGCUAUCGGCUCAAGCCCGAUCCUCUGGGCAGCUACAAGUUGUUCGAAAUUAGGCCCAACACGGGCGAGCUGCUGCUUAAGGAGCGCCUGAACCGGAACAAGCAAAAGAUGCAUGAGAUAAGAAUCGAGGCUUACGAUCAGGGACUGCCCACGUCCUUGAGCACAGAUCUGGAUCUCACCAUCUACGUGCGGAAUGUGAACGACUACGAGCCGCAGUUUGUAGUGAACGAGAUCUCAGUCAACUUUACGGAACACUCUGAUCCGGGCGCGGAGCGUAUAAAGCUGCCCGAUACCGUGGACAAGGAUGAGAUGGAUCUCGAUGAUCCGGACGAGUCACCCACCCAGGUGUGCUACUUCAUUCUGCAUGGCAACGAGGCAGGCUACUUCCGCCUGGAUCCGGAGACUCAUGUGCUGACUGUGGAGCGAGAACUGGACCGAGAGCUGAUUGCAAACUUUACGCUGUAUGUAAAAGCCACAGAGAACUGCGCCAACGACACGCUGAAGCAUGGCCUCCCGGGCCGAGCCAUUGCGAUAGACAGCAAAGUGAACAGCAGACAGACACAGAUGAGCUACGAUCGCUUCAAGCACUCGCGCCAUUUGCGCGGCCUCAGCCUGGAGUACGAAUUGCCCACAUCCGCCGAGCCGGAGGCGGUGCUGUCGUACGACAGCUAUGUGGAUGCGAACAGUGCGGAGAAACUGGACAGCACGGUUGUGUGUGUACGGGUGCGUGUGCUGGACAUCAAUGACAAUCCGCCAAGGUUUCGCUCGAAGAUCUUCACCGGCGGCAUCACGACCAACGCAGACUUUGGCCAGAUUUUCAUGCGUGUGGAGGCCUUUGACCCGGACGAGGGCGAUAAUGCGAAAAUCACCUACUAUCAGGUGGGCGACAUAAGGCAGACUCUGUCCGAAGGUCUGGAGAACGUGCGCAAGGAGCCGUUCCUCAUCGAUCGGAACACUGGCGACGUGCAGCUCAACUUCGAUCCACAGAAGGGCAUGAAGGGCUACUUUGACUUUAUGGUGCUGGCCAACGACACGCUGGGCAUGCGCGAUGUGGCCCACGUAUUUAUCUAUCUGCUGCGCGAGGAUCAGAAGGUGCGCAUUGUGUUCCGACUGCAGCCGGACGAGCUGCGCUCCAGAAUCGAUACGUUUAGAGACACCCUGGGCAAUGUCACGGAAUCGAUUGUCAAUAUUGAUGAGAUCAAGGUGCACGAAAAUAAAGACGGAUCCGUGGACAAGACGAAGACGGAUCUGUAUAUGCAUUUAGUCGAGCGCGAGGAUAAUUCCAUACUCGAGGUGUCGGAGGUGCUCAAGCUAAUCGACACACACAUCGAGAAUCUGGACGAACUGUUCAAGGAUCUCAACGUGCUGGACACACAGCCCGCCGAGGCCCAGCUGCUCAUGGCCAGCCCGACGAAGGGCGCCAUGUUCGUGUGGCUUGUGUUCACAAAUCUCUUCCUAGCCUCCCUCCUGGUGGUCACAUUGGCGCUCUGCGCCUCGCAGCGCAAGGGCUACAAAAGACAGCUGCGCGCCGCCAAAGUCAACAUCUUUCGUGGACACUCUUCCACAUCGCUGCAGCAUCCCCACGAGCCUGCGACACGAGUGCCCAACACCAACAAGCACAGCGUGCAGGGCUCGAAUCCCAUUUGGCUGAAGGGGUACGAGAACGAAUGGUUCAAGACCGAGGAAACUAUAAGCGUUGGCGGUCAGGAUUCGUUAGAUGAUAAUUUCCUGGCCAUUGGCACACAGGAUCUACGCGAAACCCUCAAGGGUACUGCCAAAUUGUUCAACAAUACGAAUGACCUGAAUCGGCAUUUCAAUCUAUACAAUCAAAUUGACAAACUAACGAAUAAUGCUCAAAUCUUAGCGCGGAAACUGGAGACUACAGAGUUAUAGCCGAUGCAACCGAUCGCAAUCUAGGCUAAGCCAAACUAUUUAUUAUACUUAGGCUUAAGAAUAGUUCAUAGGCGUAUCUUAAGAAUGGACCCAUGUAAAUAUAUAGAUUUUGGUA